UUAAUGUUUCUGACAGGUACCCGUAAAAUCCGCCCGUGUUGCCAUGGUAACGGUGCGUUAAACUACUUCCGGUUCGGUUUCUGGUACCCUUUGGCAUCUUGGGCUGUUUCACCAUUUCUAAAGGCUAAAGGAUUCAGCUUUAACAUCCAGAACACUGAGAUCAGACAGAACCGGGCCGAAACCGAACCCCCGGGCCUCUGGGUUUCUGACUGAAGAAACUUGCAUCAACUUGGCAGAAUAUUAUGACCUCUGACCUCUGAUUGUUGGUGGUUGGAGGGUUUCAGUCAUCAACUUAACAUCUUGACCUCUAACUGGGUCAGAACCUCUCCAGAACUGCAGCUCAUAAUGGCAUGGAGGUGACGGCGAAGGAGCGGCAGCAGGUGGAGGAGCAGGUGGAGCAGCUGCUGAGCGGCCAGGGGUCAGAGGUCACUCUGUGUGACCUGGGUCUGGAGCUGAGCAAGCCGGCGACUCUGAGGAAGAACGUCACCUACAUCGUCUGCGGCGUCAUUUUCAACGAGCAGGAGGAGGUGCUGAUGGUGCAGGAGGCGAAGCCGGACUGCUACAAGCAGUGGUACCUCCCAGCGGGUCGGGUGGAGGUGGGGGAGAGCCUGGAGGAGGCGCUGCGGAGGGAGGUGAGUCCAGCCUGUCACCAUGGUAACGGGAACUCAGCCUUUGGUCACCUGAUCCUGUCCGCCGCAGGUGAAGGAGGAGGCGGGCUUCGACUGCCAGCCAAUCACGUUGCUGCUGAUCCAGGAACAGGGACCGCAGUGGAUCCGCUUCAUCUUCUUGGCCCGCAUCACAGGAGGAAGCAUGAAGACGCUGACGGCUGCGGACCAGGAGUCUCUGCAGGCGUCCUGGUGGGACAGACAGUCCAGCCUGUCGCUCAGGGGGCGGGACAUCCUGCGCCUCAUCGACUACGGACUCAGGUACCACCGCAGCCCCUGGCACGGCGCCUCGCUGCCUCUGGACCUGAGCUGCCGCCACAUCGUCCAGCGGACGCUGCUGCUGUUCGUCGGAGCCGAGAAGCGGGUCUGGAUCCUGCUGGUCCAAGCUCCGACCCCCCACCUGCCCACGGCGGCGGCCCUGAGGACCCACGCCGUGACGUGGGCGGCCAACAUGGCGGCGCAGGAGGCGCUGCCGGCGUCGUACUACAACCACGACGUCGCCACGCUGGGCGUCCUCAGCCUGCAGCACAACGGCCGGCAGCACGGCCGCACCGACGGCGUCUGCUUCAACACGCUGGCCGCGCUGACGCCCGACCGGCCGCAGCGGGACGAGGACGGCCUGGCGGCGGAGCGGCCGGCGCCGGCCACGCCCCCGCCGGUGGAGAACCCGCGCUACGUCUGGAUGGAGGUCCAGGCGCCGGCGCUGAGGGAGGAGCUGCUGCGGCAGAGCCAGAACCCGACCCUGCUCCCGAUCCAGAGCCUCUACUGACCCCACAGGAAGUCACGGCUGCCGGGCUCUUAUUGUGAAGGGAAUGCCACAACGUUCAGCUUUUAAUCUGAAAUGUAAUGAUGACUGUCUGACCGGCUGGUUCAAACCCACCGGACCUUCAGAACCUGGUUUUAACAAAACCUGAACAGAACCGGGACGACUUUCAGAAUAAAAGCCUUGAAACGUCUCCAGGUGAAUAAAAAGCCAUAAAGAUUUUCCGGGUUCUGCAGGACAAACGGGUCAGAACGGUUCUGCUCAACAGGAAAAACACACAUGCUGAGUACGGAGGCCUGAAGGGGACAAAAUGAAUAAAAACCAAAACUUCC